AUGGCUGGCCGAAGUUGUCAUACAUCAGAUCCGCCCAUUUAUAUUUUAUGUGGAGAAAUUUUAUUGUAUUGUGAUAAUUUGCAUGGGCGAUGGCAUUUUCACGAGAUACGCGCUAUUUUCUUGCGUCGUUAUUUACUCAAAAAUAUUGCACUGGAACUGUUCCUUGCUUCAAGAACCGCCAUUAUGUUCGCAUUUACCGAUGAAAGUACAGUACGAAAAGUAGUGGACUGUUUGCCACGGGUUGGUGUCGGUGCUAAAUAUGGUUUACCACAAAGUCGCAAAACAAGUCUGAUGACUCCGCGGCAACUUUUCAAGCAUUCUGAUAUGCCGCAGAAAUGGCAGCGACGGGAAAUUUCAAAUUUUGAUUACUUGAUGUUCUUGAACACUGUUGCUGGUCGAAGCUACAAUGAUUUGAAUCAGUACCCUAUUUUCCCGUGGGUUUUGGCAAAUUACACAUCACCGACGUUGGAUCUCAACAUUGCAUCCAACUUUCGAGAUUUAUCGAAGAUAUUCUACAUGACAGCUGCUAUCCGUCAACGUACACGAUAUGCGACUGUAAAGCCAAUUGGGGCAUUGAGCGAGAAUCGGCGUAAAUUCUUCCAGGAUCGCUACAGCUCAUGGGAGCACGAGACUAUCCCUCCUUUUCAUUAUGGAACACAUUAUUCAACGCAAGCAUUUACUCUCAACUGGUUGCUCAGAGUUGAGCCGUAUACGACAAUAUUUUUGCACAUGCAAAGUGGUAAAUUCGAUCAUUCGAACCGUCUAUUUCAUAACAUAGCUGAGGCCUGGGAAAGCUGUCAGCGUGACUCACACGAUGUCAAGGAAUUAAUACCGGAACUCUAUUAUAUGCCAGAAAUGUUACUAAAUACGAAUGGAUAUGACUUAGGGAAACGUGAUGACGGAUCUGCUGUUGGUGACAUUGUUUUACCACCAUGGGCAAAAAGCGCCGAGCAUUUUAUUGUGUUGCAUCGACAAGCGCUUGAGUCAGAUCUUGUCUCAUGCCAAAUAAAUCAGUGGAUUGAUCUUAUUUUUGGUUACAAACAAAAAGGGCCUGAGGCGGUUCGUGCUACAAAUGUCUUUUACUACCUGACGUAUGAAGGAGCAUUGGAUUUAAAUUCGGUUGAUAAUGCAGCCAUGCGUGAAGGUCUCGAGCAACAGAUGAUAUCUUUUGGGCAAACUCCCGCUCAGCUCAUGACCGAACCUCAUCCACCUCGUCAUUCCAUCAUGACUAUCAGUCCGAUGAUGUUCCAGUCUUGCCGUGAUGAUUUAUGCAUGUUGAUGAAGUUUAUAUCUAACAGUUCAGUAGUUCACAUUAGUGCGAACACAUUUGCGCAAUUGUCACAUCCUACCGUUGUUUCGAUAACAAAUAAUUUGAUCUUCGCAUUAAAUCGUUGGAAUUCAAAUUACACAGGACCAUCAGCUCCUUCCAUUUCUAAUACUAUCGGCAAUCAGAAUAACGAAAAUAACCUGGAUUCGAUGGGUAAUGCGAUUGCAAAUCUCCCUCUAACAGUUGAUCCACUUUUGGCUGCAGCUACAUACAGUGAUAACACUGAUGCUAUGUGUCAAGCUUACGCUAUGCUGAAAAGAGUUGAAGUCAUUAUUACAGGUAAUCCAUCCCAACCACUGCCUCGUCGACACUUAGGGGAACCAUUCGAUCAACGCUUAAAAAUUCGUUGGAACAAUUUUGUAACAACUAUUGAAAGUCGUUCAAUAAUAGCAUGCGGUUAUCCGGACUACAGCUUUCGUGUUAUUGAUACAGACACCGCAAAAGUGCGACAGGUAAUUUAUGGGCAUUGUGACGUAGUUACGUGUCUAGCACGUUCUGAAUCUAACCUAUUUGCUGAUUGCUAUAUUGCUUCUGGUAGUUUGGAUUGUACGGUGGUACUAUGGCACUGGAAUGCGCAAACACAAUCGAUUGCUGGAGAAUACAACGUUAUAGGAGAAGCAGCGUCACCUCGUGCAAUACUGACUGGUCAUGAAACUGUCGUUACGAUGAUUUGUGUAUCAGCUGAACAUGGUAUUGUCAUUUCUGCAUCCCAAGAUGGAACCGUUCUCAUCCAUACUACGAUGGGUGAUUUAUUAAGACGAUUGGAAUCUGAAAAUUUCCAUAGCUUUCCUGAUAAAGAAGUGAAUUUGUUGUUAGUGUCACGAGAGUGUAUACUGUUGGUGCUGCAUGGACGUGACAAUUUAGUUACCUUUACUACGAGUGGACGAGAAUUAAGUUGUUUGAGACUUCCUGAAAGGAUUUUAUGUGGAGCAUUAUCACGUGACGGAGAAUACGUUGUUAUUGGAACGAAAGAUGGCCGUGUUGCGGUCCUACGACUUUUCCCCAUGCAGCUGUUGUAUACUUUCCAGCAAACAGACAGCGCAGUUCGGAGUAUAGCUCUAUCUUCUAAUCAGCGGUUUGUACUAGCAGGACUUGACUCCGGCGCUAUUAUUGUUUUCAAUAUCGACUUCAAUAAAUGGCAUUAUGAGUAUCGCCACCGUUAUUCAGUAUGA